UUAAAAAAAUGCCAAAGUUUGGAGUCGCCCAACCAAACCAAUUAUGAGAUUGUGAAGCUCGGAUCCAGUCAAGUUACAAUUACUAGCUGUGUCUAGUAAGAAAAUUUAGUCCAUUUUGUGGUUUUAUAUGACUUGGAACGGAUAAAAGUGGUAAAAAAAGAAAUCUUUGGGUUAUUGGGAGAUGGUUAUUGUCACCACACCAGGUGCAUGAACAACAACACAACGGUUUUCCUCCCUGGACCAGAGCGAAAAUCAUUGGGAGAUAUGGUGGUUUGGUUUCCAUUCUAGAGCAUACAAGCUUGUGGCUGAAUAGGGAAGUUUAAUGGUAUAAAUGGGUGGCUGGUCAUUUUCUGUGUUCGCAAAUCUGUUGCUUUCUUCUGUAGGUGGUGGUUGAUGGGGUUCUUUUUUGUUCUCGAGUGGUAUUAUUAGUCUUCUUUAAUCCUUGUUAAUCAUAACCUCUAUCUUGGCCUGAUAUGGCUCUAUUUCAAAACGGCAUCCACUUGUCUCUACCUACCAUUGCUUGCAGCUCCCUGCUGUCAAAGUGGCAUUUCCACCAUCCCUUCUUUUCCCCCAUUUCUAAUUUUCUCAUUUUUGGACUUUCUCUCAGCAAAUGAUUCUUAAUGGUGUUGAUUGUGAUUGGUUUUGCCCGUUACAGAAAAAAUAUUCUUAGGUAUGGGUUUCAUGGGAUUGUUUACUAUCUUCCCUUAGGUUAGCUUUCAAUUCAAUCACACCACCACCUGAGUUUUGAGACUUCAGGGUCUCAGUUGGUGAAGUCAGUGAGAAUCUCGUUGGUUCGUACUAUCUUUUCAAUGAUAUUUUGUCCAGCUCAUGGAAGUCAAUGUCUGAUGCUCUUCCCUCAUAAAAUGGUCAUUUUAUACCCAAAUGUUAGGACUCAGGGUUUUGCGGUACAAGAACGUUGCAGAAGCAGGUGGGUCUUUGAAGUUCCUGAUACUCGACCUUUCUUCUGCAAGUUAGAGCUGUUCAUCUAGGUGGGUCUCAUUCAUUUGCUUUUAAUUAAUCCCAGUGUCUUCAUUCCAAAUGGGUUGCUUUCCUUUCUCACCACGGGGUCUUAAUGAUUUUGAUGUGCAUAAUCGAUAACACAAUUUCAAUCUUUUGAAUUAAAUGGAUGAUAGGCCUACUCAUCUUUGUUUCUUUCGUAACUUUUGCAUUUAUUCCCUGUAGUUAGGCCUCAUUUUCUUUCUAGCUGUUACCUUCUUACAACUGUAGAUGAUAGCAUUGUGCAUACAACAUUAUUCGUGGCAAUUCUGUCAUGGUGGUGUUAUAUUUGAGCGCUAUCUGGCACUGUAGAGUUUAUUGCAUUGGCCUGCCUAAACUAAAAGUUGCAUCAAAUGGAGGAACAAACUGAAAAGAAAUUUAUGAUGUUGGUUGGCCUACUGUGAAGCUACACGUUUCUAUUGUUUGGAGCUGCUUACUUAAGUAGAAUUUUUGUAAUUCCAAACCUUUUGGCUUUCAGUUUCUUACCAGUUCUGACCAAGUGUUGAUUACCCUGAUAUAGGAUAUGGGUAAAUUGGCAUUCUACGUCUCUGGGUUGUGCUUUUCAAACCGUGCAAACUGUAGCAUUCUUUUUUCUUUCUUUCUUCCCCUAACUUGAUUGUCCCACCAUUUUCAGCUGGAAAGGUUGCGACUUUCGUUCAGAUCAGAGGUUUAAGAACGAGGGCGUUUGAGGACACAACUACUGCACCUAAUGAAGGUAUUUUUGUGGGUCCAUCUGUUUUCUUGUUCUUACUUUUAUUAGUUUCAGUAUCUUAGUCUUUGGUGAAGUACUCUGUUUCUGUAGGAACUCCUUACCGUUCCCUUACUCUCUGUUAGUCCUUAAUAGCAAACUAUUGUAUAUUUCGUGGCAGUUUUGAAACAAAUGAAGAUCCCCUUAGAAGUUGUGUUUGUCUGUCUGAUAGCCUUCAUUUGGUUGCCCAGAGGUUAUUGUGAUCAACUUGCCCCAACAUCAGGCACAAGAAAUUGGACGUGUGAUUGUUCUUUGCCAUAUCCAGGAAAUCAGAGUUAUAUUAGCUCUAACUGCUCCAACUCCUGCGAUUGCAAUCAAGAUAGUGGAGGAUCAAAUGGGAAAAUGUGGACUUGCAUGUGUCCAGCGGAUGGACUUCCGAGAAUAGCUGAUGUCAGUCAUGAAGAAACCUGUUUUACGGCCUGUAAUUGCACUAUUGGAUCUCUGAAUGGAGUUCAGACUCCAAGGAAACACAUUUCUAGCAGAGUCCUCGUUAUCAUUCUACUACUAUGUGUUGUACUUACAACUCUGGCAUUUGUUGCUUCUGUGACAUUUUAUGUCUAUAGAAGGGAGAAAUCCCUUAUCGAAUCACCAACUUUCUCCUCAGACAGACUUGCAAGUUUUAAUAGUAGAUCUCAUUUGAUUAGUCAGAGAACCUGUUCUUCAGGAUCAGAAUCCAAGGCUAGCAUUAACUGCUCAAGUAAUUCUGUCUCAGGGUGUUUUGGAAAGGCUUCUUUCUUAUGUGGGAACAAAAAAGACAUCGUCUAUGGAGUCAUCAGCCGCUUUUCAUACACUGAGCUGGAAUAUGGAACCGAUAAGUUCUCAGAUUCCAAUCUCAUAGGAUGUGGAGUAAGCAGCUUCGUGUAUCGUGGCCUGCUACGAGAUGGUACAAGUGUGGCAAUAAAAAGGCUCAAAUCUCAGAAAGGACCUGAUUUUGAGUCGGUCUUUUCAACAGAGGUUGAACUGUUGUCCAGACUCAAUCACUGCCACGUUGUGCCUUUGCUUGGUUACUGCUCAGAGUUCCAAGGAAAACAUUCUGAGAGGCUACUCGUAUUCGAGUACAUGCCCAACGGGAACCUUAGAGAUUGCUUGGAUGGAGCUAUAGGUGAAAAUAUGAGCUGGGAGAUCCGCGUUAUGAUCGCUAUAGGAGCUGCAAGGGGUUUGGAAUAUCUCCACGCAGCAGCAGCCCCCAGAAUCUUGCAUAGAGAUGUUAAGUCCACAAAUAUCCUGCUUGAUGAAAGUUGGAGAGCGAAGAUUACGGAUCUUGGGAUGGCCAAAUGUUUAAGAGGCGAUGAAGCUCCAAGCACUUCCAAUUCUCCAGCAAGAAUGCAGGGCACUUUUGGCUAUUUUGCUCCGGAGUAUGCUAUGAUUGGAAGAGCCUCUCUUAUGUCUGACGUGUUCAGUUUUGGAGUAGUUCUUCUUGAGCUCAUCACCGGUCGACACCCAAUCCAUAAAACGCAGAACAAAGGAGAAGAAAGCCUUGUAUUCUGGGCAACCCCGCGGCUGUUAGAUAGCAAGCGAGUGAUAUCAGAGUUGCCUGAUCCACGUUUGAAGGGGAAUUUCCCAGAAGAAGAGAUGCAUAUAAUGGCUUACCUAGCAAAAGAGUGCCUGCUAUUGGAUCCCGAUGCUCGACCAACCAUGAGCGAGGUUGUCCAAAUCCUUUCUACCGUUGCACCUGAUAAAUCUAGUAGGAGAAAUAUCCCAAUGAGUCUCUUUCAGAUGCCUUCCAUAGCCCAUAGCUUCCAAAACGAAACAUUCAUCGACAAAACUGAACUUAUAACUGAAGAUCCUGCCAAUUCAGAGGAGGAUCCAAUUGAGAAUGAGUCAGCAAAACUCUCCUCGCCCCGAAAAGAGGACCACGUGGUUGAGAACAGAGAGCCCUGUACAGCAACUGAUAACGAAAGAGGAGAUGGCAGUACUGUUUCUGCUGAAUAUAUGGACAGGCUCCUCCUCCUGACCUCACGUCAACCAAACGUGCGUGCCUCGGAUGAUGAAGUGGUAGAUAUAGCCGAGCCUCGAUUCGAAUCGUUCUGCAUGGCAAACAUGAAAUCACCCUCAAGGUAAAUACAUAGCGCAAAUGGAUUCAUUUUCACUACUUUUCCUCCCACUAAACAGGGCUCGGGGUUUCGGUUCCGUGUGUUUGCUCUUGGUUUGAUGAACUGAGGAGAGGAAAGUUUGUUAUGGUAGUAGAGAUUCUCAUUUUAGCAAGUGCAGAAAAACAGGGUAUUGCUUUUCUCUCCGGUCUACUUUCAUUUGUACAUAAUGUGUAAGCUUUUCUUUAUACGACGUGAUUGUGCAAGCAAAAUUUCACCAAAAGGAAAAAAUGAAAGCGGAACCCGAAGUAAAGAGGAUGUACUUCCAACCCAAGACAUGCUCUAGCUAGACAUCAAAUGCGCGAUUUCUGGAUUCAAAGUCCGACGCUACAACAAACCACUCGACCGAUUUGUAUCGGUUACGUUUUGAACAAGGUUGUCAACCCGCGGGUUGACCUAGACCUGGUGGAGCUAGUGGGUCAAGGGUUAAUGGGUCACCCGAUUUAGCCCAGUUUAGCCCGGAAAAUAUGGAAAUAGUCAUUAUAUUGUACUUAUCCUGAUAAAUUAUAUUAAAUCUC